AUGUUUAAGUGGGUUAUGCCGGCGUUAGCGUCGCGCACAAACGCGACUACAAUAGCAGUGGCAGCAAGAACAACAAGAACUACAACAGCGACGUCAACAGCAACAGCAACAACAACAACAGCAAUAACAAAACGGCAACUACUUUCCAACGCUUUAACAACUUUAAUAAUAAUAGGCGCAUUAUUUGUGCAGACAACAAGUGGAUUUAGAUCAACAAUUGAAACGAACGGCGCUGGUCGCAAAUUGUUUGGCGGCUAUCGCAUUACGCCCAAACAUUGUCGCGCUACCAAAACGCUGCCCAGCUCGGAUCCACGCUCCAAUGGCCCCACCAUUUGCAUGUUCAAUCAUGAGUGCGCGCAGCGAGGCGGCGAGGUAGUGGGCGCCUGCAUGGAUGGCUUUCUAUUUGGUGCCUGCUGUCAGAUACCGCAAACACAUGAGCUGGCCAGCACGCUGAUCAAUGAUGCGCAGAAUGCGUACUUCCAGCAGCAGCAGCAAAAGUUGCAGCAGCAGCAACAGCAGCAACAGGCAGCAGCACAGUCUUCCUAUGAGAACUAUGGAGAGCAGCAACAGCAACAGCAGCAGCAACAAGAGCAACAACAACAACAGCAGCAGCAACAGCAACAGCAGCAGCAACAACCACUCCAUGAUGAGCAGCCAGCGCAGAACAUUUACGAUCAACAGAAUCUGGAUAAGGUCUAUCAGCAGCUGGGCAGCACAGUAAGCCUUGGUCAGAGCGUGCAGACUGCCGCGCAGACAGAGCUCAACUAUGGCAGCAGCUCUACGGAGGCAACCAACUCCCAAUCGGCCAGCGUGGAAUUCGAGCAGGAGGCAGAGCUGCAGACGAAUAACGAUGCGGUCAACUCCAAUGAGCUGAAGCCCACGGAGCAGCCACCUGCCAUACACGUGCACAAGCAUUCGGUGAAGAUCAACACGUUCUCAUCGCCGCCAAACAAUGAUGAUUUCGUUAUGCAGGUGUUGGCCACGCUGCCACCGGAGCAUGUGGAUGACAUUGUGACCUUUACCACGGAGGUGCCCAAUAAGAUAGCAAACGGACAGGUGGAGCACAGCAGCUCAGAGUCGAACAGCUUUGAGGAAAUUGCGGCAACCAAGGCGCCAGCGACCACGCCCAGGCCGAAGCCUAAGCCACAGCCUAAGCCACAGCCCAAGCCUCAGGCUAAGCCACAGCCCAAGCCACAGCCCAAGCCUCAGGCUAAGCCUCAGGCCAAGCCACAAGCCAAGCCUCAAGCCAAGCCCGUGCCACAACUGGCCGAGGCCAUGAAGCGACCUGUGCAGCAGGUGAAGCCCAAGCCAAAGCCUGCAAAUAUGCAUAAUCACAAUCAUUUGAUAUUGGAUGGCGGCGAGUUUACGCAUAGCGACAUAACGCAUCCCGGCGCCGAUGCAGAUCUCGUCGAAGAUCUACAGUUCUCCACGGGAUAUGGACCACAGCCUGUCUAUGUGCAGCCACCAAAGGAACAGCCGCAGCAGCAGCAGCAGCAGCAGCAAUCGUACAUCUCCUCCUCCAGCAGCACGCAGCCUAGCGCCGCAGCGGACGAUAAAUAUAUUCUGGUGCCCACCUAUAACAAUGAGAAGCGUCCCUCCGCUGUGCAGAGCAAUCCCACCACGGUCUCGUCCAUAACCACGCACGUGGACUCAAUUGAAUCGAUUAUACUGCAGCUGAACAAUAGCAACCAUGGACCCAGCUACAAUGUGGUCAGUCAGCAGACGCCCUCGUAUAACUAUGCACCACAAGCUGAUCAUAGUGAGGCAGCGGCUACCGCACAGCCGCCCAGCUACUAUCAGCAGAGCCAGGAGCAGCAAAACGAUUUGACCAAGUCACAGGAGGUGGAGCAGCAGCAGGAAUACGGUUACACGACUGAGUUCAGCUAUGAUAAGCUAUCCGGCGAGCAAGAUGCUUCCACGAACAGUCAGUCCGCUGAGCUGCCCACACCACGGCCCACUUACAGUGAUGAUCAGUCGGCCGUGCUCGAGGAGCACACUAUGCCGGCCACUAGCUAUAAUGAUGCCAUCUCGCCGGAGGCUCCUCAAACUUCGGAGUUCAACAAAAUGCCAGUCAUGGGCAUUGCCUACCCAGUGGAUAUGUCCUACAUGGAAGGAGAUUCGAAUCAAGCGGACGGCGAGCCCUCCGGCUAUGGACAGCUGAGCAGCGGCUCUCUCGAAGCGAAUACCGAGAUCAACUUUGAGAAGAUUACGAACAGCUAUACAGAGCCGCCUCAGCCAUCGCCCGCUUACGUGCGUCCCUCAACCUCCAAUCGUCCGGUGGCCUCUUACAUCGGCAUGGUGACCAUGCAGCACUACAAUGACAAUGUGCCCGCCGAGGUCUCUGUCUCGUCGCAUACCACCAAAGUGCAGGAGCAAUAUGAUGAAACCUCAUCCGGCUAUCAGCAAACCGAGAAGCUGGUCACAGCUAGUCCACUGCCCACAGCCAGCUACCUGGCUGCCACGACAACGACGCAAGCGCAGCGUCCACAAUAUGAUAGCCAGCAGGAGAGCUCCUCAUUGCGUCCAGUUUUGAUAACAGCAAGUCCCAAGCCACGUCCCAAGCCCACAACAAAGCGCCCGCCGCCCAAGAAACAGGCAACGCCCACGAUCAUCAAGAAGAAGCCAGUGCAGAGCGAGCAGAAUACGCGCAGACCUGUUCAGCCGAGCAGCAGCAGCUACAACGCAGACGAGUCGCCUGUGACGCACAUACAGAUCAAGCAGCCUGCGGGCAAUUACAACCAACAGCAGCAGCAGCAACACUACGAUCAGCAGGCUACGCCCACUGUCAGCUACGAUCAGUCGUCAUCGGCUUCUGCGGCAGGCUAUGAGGAAUCUGCCACGCCUGCGAUCAGUUACGAUGAGCCAGCCUCUCCGGCAGUUAGCUACGAUCAGCCCAUAAGCAACUAUGAUCAGCCAGCUCCUACGCCAACUCCCGCACCAGCUCCAUAUGCCGAGUCCUCUCAAUCUGUGCUCAACUAUCAUGAGCCAGCGGCUAGCUCACCCACGCGCAAGCCCGUCUCCUCGAAGCCCAUUUCCACGAGCUAUGUAACUGGUCCAACCACACCGCGUCCCCCAGCCACUGUGGACUACCACUACGAUAAGGUGCCACCGCUGUUCAUGGCCGAUGAUAAGCUCGACGCCUUCAUACAGAGCACCGCUGAGAAUAUCCUGGGCUCCACGCCUGGAAAUUACCAAGCACCACUCUACGCCACCGCCUCCACGCCCAUACACAUACAGCAGCCCACCAACAACUAUGUGAAUCACAAGAAGCCCGGAUUUGUGCAGAUCAAUAUAACGCCCAAGCCAGCGAAGCCGACCGUACUGAUCACACCCAAGCCGACGACUAUAAAUGUGGUGCCAUCGAACACUUGGGAUGACACGAAGCUCGGCUCGACCGCUUCCACGUCAAACUCGUAUAUCUAUGGACCGAUUGUAACGCGACGUCCCGGCAGCACGCCGCCCGUGGUAAGCUCGAAUGACUUCGAGGAUCCGGGCUACUUCGGCAUGCCCGCUGCUGGCAGCAGUCCCGUGCACUUGACCUUCACGCAAUCGACCACAGAAGCGUUGUUCGGCGUGCCCUCGGAUGAUAAGCCCGCUUUCCCAGGCUAUUAUGGUCCGACGCCCACAUAUCCGGCAUUCCCGGUGCCCGGCGAGAAGGUUGGCCAGAAUGUCGAGGAGACGUAUACCUCACCCAAUGAUUUCGUCAACUUCCCGCCGGUGCGCAAUCCAAAUCUAAAUAUGUCCGCCGCGUCGAGCGCUGUGACCAGCGACCUGGAGCUAUCGACGCCCGCCUUUGUCGAGGACAUUGUGUUGAAGGAUAAGAUGCACACGCUUGUGCACAAGCUGGUGGCCUCGCUGCAGGGCAACUUCGAAGCACUGGCCGACAUGAUCGACGAGUCGAACAAUACAGCAUCCACUUACGCCUCCGGUGCGGUGAGCACCACCAACGUCAAUAGGAAGACCACACGCAAGCCAGUGCGCGUAGCAACCACCUCAAAGCCAAAGGCAACCACCAAGAAACCAGUGACCCGAGUCUCCACCAAGGCGCCCAACAAGAAGGUUUCGGCUAGCACCACACGCAAACCGGCCACACGUCGACCCAACACCACAACACGACGUCCCAGCUCCAAGAAGCCAACGAAACGUGUGACCACCACUGCGCGACCAGCUAACGAUGAAAUUGUCGAUGAGGAGGACGAGGAGGACGUUAAUCCGAGUCCGCAUGAGAACGAGAUCGAGCAAGAGACGCUCAGCUCGUACGGUGGUGCCAACGGACGCAAAAUACAAUGCGGCGUUCGUCCUCAUGUUAAAUCGGGUCGCAUUGUCGGCGGCAAAGGCUCCACAUUCGGCGCCUUUCCCUGGCAGGUUCUAGUACGCGAAUCCACCUGGCUGGGACUCUUUACCAAGAACAAAUGCGGCGGCGUUUUAAUCACGAGUCGCUACGUCAUCACCGCUGCUCAUUGCCAGCCCGGUUUCUUGGCCUCUUUGGUUGCUGUCAUGGGUGAGUUCGAUAUCUCCGGUGAUCUGGAGAGCAAACGUCCCAUUACGAAGAAUGUGAAGCGCGUCAUUGUGCAUCGUCAAUACGAUCCGGCCACGUUCGAAAACGAUCUGGCGCUGCUCGAAAUGGACAGUCCCGUGCAGUUUGAUACGCAUAUAGUUCCAAUUUGCAUGCCCAACGAUCAGGCAGACUUCACAGGUCGCAUGGCAACAGUGACUGGUUGGGGUCGACUCAAGUACGGCGGCGGUGUGCCCUCAGUGCUGCAGGAGGUGCAGGUGCCAAUAAUUGAGAACAGCGUCUGCCAGGAGAUGUUCCACACGGCUGGGCACAACAAGAAGAUACUUAGCUCCUUCCUGUGUGCGGGCUAUGCCAAUGGGCAGAAGGAUUCGUGCGAGGGUGACAGCGGCGGUCCUUUGGUGUUGCAGCGUCCCGAUGGACGUUACGAGCUGGCUGGCACUGUAUCGCAUGGCAUCAAGUGCGCGGCGCCGUAUCUGCCGGGCGUCUAUAUGCGUACCACAUUCUAUAAGCCUUGGCUACGCAGCAUAACGGGCGUUAAAUAA